AUGUCUCCGCCUCCCGGGCGGACGACACCUAUUCGCUCAUCCUCAAGAAGCUCAAUACGGUCAGGUCGAGCCAGCCCCGCUGAUGAUCCAGUCGCCGUCCGUAAUCAGGUCUCUACACUCAAACACAACAUCCGCCAGCAACAAGCCCAACUCUCUUCUCUCGAAAAUAUCAUUCGAAGUGGGCCACGACCGUACCCAGCAGAGCUGAACGACAAUGUACCCACUUCUCCAUCUUCACCGCCCAACCAGACGACGCCAACAAAACGCCGAUCAAGCUAUGAGGUACUGCAAAGCCUUGCUGGUCCAGAUUCUGGCCUUCCUCUUCCAAGACGGGAUAAUUCAGCACCGUUGGAGGAUUUCAAAGAAGGUGUACCAAUGAGUUUUGACGGCCCCUCAUCUCCUCCAAAGCGUAUUGGCAGUCCUACAAGGACCUUGAGUCGUAUACCCGUUUCCUCAGUUGGUAACGCACGGGCUCUUGCCGACGAAGGGCUUUCCCAGCGAGCUUCCACUUCAACCCUUCUCUCGACCAUCUCCUCCUCAUCUCAACUGUCAAUUGAUACAUCUGCAACGUCCCCAACCUCGUCACUUGGGCUUCAGCCGCCAUCACCAAAUCCCAACAGCCGUCGACUAUCUCUCACGCCUGGCGGCACAACCAAAGUGCUUGCCGACCUGCAAACCGGCGUUCUCAAUGCGCGAAAUGCUCUUGAAAACACCAAAUCCCAACUACGACUGUCGCAAAGGAGUGUCGCUCAGCUUACGCGACAGACUGAAGAUCUCAAGGAAGCCCGAGAAAGAUUGCGUUUAGAGAAUGAGGGACUCAACAAUGUGGUUGCGCGGAAAGAGCGCUUAUUACAAGAGGUGCUUGAACGCGCUCGGAAAGCCGAGGCAGAGGCAGCUACGCUGAAAGCACAAUUAAAAUCCGAAACUUCGACAUCGAAGAAGACGAUACGGGAGAUGGAGACAACAGUUUCUGAGUGCACUGCGACUUCCCAAAAGGCUGAGCGGGAAUACAUAACGUUGCGUGAUAGCAUCAAGGGACUGGUAGAGGGGUUUAAACGCGAUACGGACCGUCUCCGGGAAGAAAUGACGAGAAGAGAAGAGAAGGUCAAGCAAGAAGCGGAAGCAAUGGGCAAGAAAUAUCGUCUUUUGCUUGCCGAGGUCGAAUCAGUGGGGGGUGGUCGCGAAACAGUCAAGCGUCUAAGAGAAGAGGAUUUGGAUACUGCAAAGAAGGUGGAAGGAGCUUGGGCAGACGAGAUUGCAGCACUUAGAGCGGAGGUGGAGAAGAGUAAUCAAGAGAGCGAGGCGGCUAACGCCACGGUACAAGAGUUGGCUGGCGAGCUAGCCCGACUAAGGCGGCUGAUGCAAAAGGUCCGACCUCUUUCCACCGAUGACCGACCUGCCUAA